AUGGAGUCCCCAGACGGCUUGUCCACCACCGCCUCUACUGUACACAUGGACGCUGUUGUAGGAGUGUCCUCUGCUUGCAGAGGUGACGGCUAUUUCGGCAGUUCCGGAAUGUACAUGCAAAAUGUCGAGUAUGACUGCUCAGCGAUGAGAAAUUAUGGAAUCUCUUCAUCGAUGCUCGCCAAACGGGGACACCCUUUAACAACAAACACACUCGCUGGCCCCUACCCUCACCACAAUUACCUGUCUCAGAUGAACACUUUAGAGGAAGACCACAAAAUCUGCAUUGGACAGCAGCCAGAUGCCCGACCCUUGUUCCCAUGCCCUGUGUCAUCGUCUGAAGAGGGAUUCUUUGGUUGUUUGUACAGAUCUGACACGUUUGAAAGGAAGGAAACGACUGAAGCAUGUACCUACAUAAGAAUGACAGAUGUCAGUACCAGCUCUAGUAAAACUCCCGAUACCGAAGAAGGACAUUCCGUUGUGCGUCUUGAAUACUCGACUGAGAAGAAGACUGGUGGCUUUAAGUCCGGUCAUCAUCCAGUUUGUGUACCUGAACCUGAGACACUCGUUCCAGCGCCGUUCAACGACACCUGCAGAGUUAACCAGGGUGUCGCAUGUAAAUCCGGUGAGGUCGACACAGCUAAACAACUGUCAGAAAAAGAGAAUGUUGUCAAGACGGACUGUAGCACAGACAAUUCAGACAGCGAAGUGAAAGAGGACUCGAAACCAGAGAAGAUUGUGGGCAACUGGCUGACAGCGAAGAGCGGCCGCAAGAAAAGAUGUCCAUAUACCAAACACCAGACGCUCGAGCUUGAGAAAGAGUUUCUCUUCAAUAUGUAUCUGACGCGCGAGCGCCGCCUGGAGAUCAGCAAAAACAUCGCACUUUCAGACCGACAGGUCAAGAUCUGGUUCCAGAACCGCCGCAUGAAGCUUAAGAAAUUCCACCGCGAGAGUCGGGUGCGAGAGCUUACCUCGGAAUACAACUUCACCUGA